AUGGUCGGUCUAUCUGCUAAUAAGCUUCAUUUACGCUGUGAUGUUUUUUCUCCUGUGUUGUUUGAUGAUGAUGAUGAUGAUGAUGAUGAUGCUGUUGCUGUCGCUCUUAGUCUAAAAGUUUCUUUACUUGUUGUGGCAUAUAGUCACCCACGUCCAUAUGAUGUUGGCAAAGCUUCUCUGGGUAUUUGUAGUGUUAUGGAUAUGGAUUCGUACAAUCGUGGCCAAGAGCAUCCAUUCUUUGCUUGUCUGUUAAGAGAUAUCUCUGGAACGUCCAAGGACUUGCCAAUAAAGGAUUCUGUCUCAGACAUUCUUGAACCCUUCGAACAGACUGCAUUUGGGACAUUGUGGAAGAUUCCUACAUCAACCACUUUCGAAUUCCAAAGUUCUCAAUUUGAUUCCAGCGUUGAUUCAGGCGGUACAAAUGAUGUAGUGAAAGCAUCCAGUCCCGAUACCUUUGAAACAACUGAAGCACACCAAAGUGUUCCUAUUCCGCCUCCUCAGUCAGCCGCAUCAUUUUAUAAUGGAUAUUCCCCACAAUUUGAAAUUUUGGAAUCAUGUGACAGCACUAUGAGGCUAAAUUUAUACUUGAAAGCUAGAAAGAAUGAUGUGAGUGGUGGUGUUCCGGGAAAAUUCUUGCAUGCUGUAAUUGGCCAGGAUGUUUCAGAUGUUGGAUCCUUAGCUUCAACCAUCAUGUAUGCUUUCUACUUGAACGAAACACUCGAAAGUGACGAGUUCUGCACUGUACCUAUCAUUAAUAUGAAGAGGGAAGACCUAAGUUCUCAUGCAGAACUAAAAUGUUUGCUGGAUUCAUGUCAUUUUGAUGAGUCAUCCUUAAUCCUUGUAGAUGAGAUUGAUCUUUCAUAUUAUGAUCUGUUUGGGUAUCUCAAGUAUGAUGCGGGAAACUAUGCAUUUGCAUUGCUUUUUGUUGCGGAGAUGACUGAUGAGUACCGAAUCUGA